AAAAAUGUAGAGGCACAUCUUUGUGUGGGAGAAAGAGCGCCUGAUUUUGGCUUCAUUUCAGCGCGCAGGUUGACGCUGCUGACGCCGCUCCUCCGCCAUCUUCAACUUCCUAUUGUUUGCAUCAGACUGAGGCUGUCUGCGGUGUGUGCGAGAGCAGAAUCUGCCGCCGAUUUAUCAUUAAAUAGUAUAGAUAUAGCCUUCACGCUCCCGGUCGCUCAAGUUCAGCACAAACCAUUUGUAUGUCAUUGGAUUAAAGAGCUCUCAGGACGCGACCACUAAACCUUGAUGAUGGAGGACGAUCUACCCAGAACCUUGUAUGUGGGAAAUCUGUCCAGGGAUGUCACCGAGCCCCUCAUCCUGCAAGUCUUCACACAGAUAGGACCUUGCAAGAGCUGUAAAAUGAUAGUUGAUACGGCUGGAAAUGAUCCGUACUGCUUUGUGGAGUUCUAUGACCACAAGCAUGCGUCUGCCUCACUGGCAGCCAUGAAUGGAAGGAAAAUAAUGGGUAAGGAGGUCAAAGUCAACUGGGCCACGACGCCAACCAGCCAGAAAAAAGACACAAGUAAUCAUUUUCACGUCUUCGUUGGAGACCUCAGCCCAGAAAUAACUACAGAAGACGUCAAAGCUGCCUUCGGUCCAUUUGGCAGGAUUUCAGAUGCUCGUGUUGUGAAAGAUAUGGCUACAGGGAAAUCUAAAGGCUAUGGCUUUGUGUCUUUCUUCAACAAAUGGGACGCAGAGAACGCCAUUCAGCAGAUGGGUGGUCAGUGGUUAGGAGGCAGACAGAUUAGAACCAACUGGGCCACAAGAAAGCCCCCCGCCCCAAAGACCACCUAUGAAAGUAACUCCAAGCACCUAUCCUUCGAGGAAGUAGUGAGUCAGUCCAGCCCAAGUAACUGCACUGUGUAUUGUGGCGGAGUGAGCACAGGACUGACAGAGCAACUGAUGAGACAGACCUUCUCUCCCUUUGGACAAAUCAUGGAAAUCAGAGUUUUCCCAGACAAAGGCUAUUCGUUUGUGAGAUUUAACUCUCAUGAGUCAGCAGCUCAUGCCAUUGUGUCAGUGAACGGCACCUCAAUAGAGGGCCAUAUAGUCAAAUGCUACUGGGGUAAAGAGACCCCGGACAUGAUGAACCCGAUGCAGCAGAUGCCUCUGCCCCAGCAGAACAAGAUGAGCUUCCCUGCGGCAGCCCAGCCCUACGGCCAGUGGGGCCAGUGGUACGGCAACGGGCCCCAGAUCAGCCAGUAUGUCCCGAAUGGGUGGCAGGUCCCCACCUACGGUGUCUACGGCCAGCCUUGGAACCAGCAGGGCUUCAAUCACUUACCGGCCAGUGCUGGGUGGACUGGCAUGAGCGCCAUCAGUAACGGUGGGGUUAUGGAGCCUACACAGGGAUUGAAUGGGAGUAUGCUAGCCAACCAGCCCGGUAUGGGAGCCGCAGGAUACCCCACACACUGAUAAGUGGGCAGGGGUAUCAACCAUCAGCUUCUUAUUGGCUGUACGGUGCCCUGCGGGGCUGUGUAACACCGCCUCCAUUUGUGGCAGGACUAAGACUUUUACUGGGAUGUGGAACCUAAUGGGAAGGUUGACAUCUAUACAAGUGGUAAAUGGGAUUUCAUGGGGGGGGGAGGGGGGGUUGUUGAAGUAAUGGGAGCCAGGGAGGAGCGAUUUGACCCACACAGGUAUUUACACCCUUUGUGGUAGGCAAGACUGGCCAUGGGCCAGGGCUCUUACCAUUUUUAAGUUAACUGUAAAUGAGUAUAAAACUGUAAAGGAAAAACUUUUGGAUUUUUGUUUUUUUGGGGUUUUACAAAUUGCUUCCAGUUUCACAUCUUUCCUCUCACACAGCCACCGAGAGGUUUCUUUUUCUUUCUUUCUUUCUUUCUUUUUUUUUUCUUUUAGAAACUGUUCAAGUCUGAGUCGUGCUAAGUUAUGAACCUCAGUUAUUAUUUGAGGAAUGGAAAUCUGUUUAAUUUGUUCUCAUUUUCUCUUGGAUUAAAAUCAAUUGCAGGGAUUGUUGCCACUGCUGUUUCUCUGUAAGGGCAGAUAAAUAUUGCACAGUUUUUUCCUCUCUUGUACUUGGGACAAAUUUGACUUCAAGAGUGUUUUCCUUUUUGCAUUCCGUUUCUCCUUCAUACCUUUCGGACAGCCUCAAAUCUUUUCGCCACAUGUAAAUAACCAUUAAAUCAUUUGAAACAAUGUAAGUAAAAUGCUACUGUUAACUGUGGGUGCUUGCUUUCUUUUUUUUGUUUUGAUAACUUGACAGUUAACUCCAACAUUGACCGUAGCGGAGUGGCACUAUCUAAUGUGACACUUCACAGUGCAACACACGAUUCUUCCAUGCAGGGAUAAAACGGCAUUGCCAUGCUGUGCAAACUUAAAAUGUAACACAAUUCAAAUGUUAAAGGGUGAACAUGUUUGACACUUAUGAUGGUUUUUAAAUAUAUAUUGAAACGCCAGUAUUUUAUAUCAAAAAAUCUGAGUGGAUUCAACCUUUACACUUGCUCUUUUUGCCAGAGAAAUGGGGAGGCCUACUACAUUUGAACUGUUGCCUUAUAGAGCUGGUUUCUUUUAGCUGACAAGAUACUCUUUUUAAUUAGGCAGUGCCUACAGACAUUUUCAGACCCUUGUUCAGAAAGGUGUUGGCCCUGAGAACUGAUGACUCUGCUACUGUAAUCAAUGUUUUCUUGCUUUGUCCAAUUAAAAUGCUAAUGCACAUAA